GCGGCCCGCAGCCGCACUAGGAGCCGGGCCGGGCCGAGCGGAGCCGGGCGAUGCGGCGGUGAGCGCGGCGGGGCCGGGCGCCGCCGCGAUGCUCCGCCGCAGCCUCAGCCGCCUGUGUGCUGGCGAGGAGAAGCGCGUGGGCACGCGCACCGUGGUGGUGGGGCACCGGCCCGUGCCGGACACCGAGGCGUACGUGGCACAGAAGUUCUGUGACAACAGGAUCGUCUCCUCCAAGUACACCCUCUGGAACUUCCUCCCGAAGAACCUUUUUGAGCAGUUUCGAAGAAUUGCCAACUUCUACUUCCUCAUCAUCUUUCUUGUGCAGGUGAUAGUGGACACCCCAACCAGCCCUGUGACCAGUGGCCUCCCGCUCUUCUUUGUCAUCACUGUCACAGCUAUCAAACAGGGGUACGAGGACUGGUUGAGGCACAGAGCUGACAACGAAGUGAACAAGAGCAACGUCUUUGUUGUGGAAAAUGCAAAGCAAGUGCGGAAAGAGAGUGAAAAAAUCAAGGUUGGAGACAUAGUAGAAGUGAAAGCAGAUGAGACCUUCCCCUGUGACCUGAUAUUUUUGGCCUCCAGCAGCACUGAUGGGACCUGUUACGUCACCACAGCGAGCCUUGACGGCGAGUCCAAUUUCAAGACUCACUACGCGGUGCGGGACACCACCGUGCUCUGCACCGAUGAAGCCAUCGACACCCUCACGGCCACAAUCGAGUGUGAACAGCCACAACCCGACCUCUACAAAUUUGUUGGAAGGAUUAUCAUCUAUGGAAGUAACCAAGAGCCUGUAGCCAGGUCUUUGGGUCCUGAAAACCUGUUGUUGAAAGGUGCUACCCUCAAAAAUACCAAGAAGAUUUAUGGAGUUGCAGUCUACACUGGGAUGGAAACAAAAAUGGCUCUCAACUACCAAGGGAAAUCUCAGAAACGGUCUGCAGUAGAGAAAUCCAUCAACGCCUUCUUGAUAGUGUAUUUGUGCAUCCUAUUGGGCAAGGCCACUGUGUGCACAACUCUGAAAUACGUCUGGCAGAGUAAUCCAUUUAAUGAUGAGCCUUGGUACAACGAAAAGACUAAAAAAGAGAGAGACACGUUCAAGGUCUUGCGGAUGUUCACGGACUUCCUGUCCUUUAUGGUCCUCUUCAAUUUUAUUAUCCCAGUCUCCAUGUACGUCACAGUGGAGAUGCAGAAGUUCUUGGGCUCCUUCUUCAUCUCCUGGGACAAGGAGAUGUAUGACGAAGAGAUACAAGAGGGAGCACUGGUGAACACCUCGGACCUGAAUGAAGAGCUGGGGCAGGUGGAGUACGUGUUCACAGACAAAACCGGGACGCUGACAGAGAACAGCAUGGAGUUCAUCGAGUGCUGCAUCGACGGGCACAAGUACAAAGACUGCAUCACAGAGGUGGAUGGCUUCUCCCAGACCGAUGGACCCCUCAAAUACUAUGGCAAGGCUGAGAAGAGCCGUGAGGAGCUGUUCCUGAGAGCCCUGUGCCUGUGCCACACGGUGCAGAUCAAGGAGGCAGACCAGGUGGAUGGGCUGAUGGCACACCCAGAACGCAAAUACACCUAUAUCUCCUCCUCCCCAGAUGAAAUCGCUUUGGUGAAAGGCGCAGAGAAGUAUGGUUUCACUUUUCUAGGACUUGAAAACAAUUUCAUGAAAAUACGAAACCAAAAGAAUGAAACUGAGAUGUACCAACUUCUCCACGUGUUGAACUUCGACCCUGUGCGGCGCCGCAUGAGUGUCAUUGUGAGAACCAGCACAGGAAAGUUGCUUCUCUUCUGUAAAGGAGCAGACUCCUCUAUUUUUCCAAGGGUGCAGCAAGAAGAAAUCCAACAAACAAAAGUCCAUGUGGACCGCAAUGCUAUGGAUGGCUACCGAACACUCUGUGUGGCCUUCAAAGAGCUAACUGAAAAGGAGUAUGACAAAAUUGACAGACAGCUCAAUGAAGCCAAGAUGGCUCUGCAGGACAGGGAGGAGAAGAUGGCCAAGGUUUUUGAUGACACAGAGGCAGACAUGCACCUGAUUGGGGCUACUGCUGUAGAGGACAGGCUGCAGGAGCAGCUGGCAGAGACCAUCGAGGCCCUGCACGCAGCUGGCAUGAAGGUUUGGGUGCUGACAGGAGACAAGAUGGAGACUGCCAAAUCCACCUGCUACGCCUGCAGGCUCUUCCAGACCAGCACGGAGCUGCUGGAGCUGACGGCCAGGACGGUGGGCGAGAGCGACAGGAAGGAGGAUCGGCUCCAUGAGCUGCUGCUGGAGUACCACAAAAAACUCAUUCAGGACCUUCCCAAAAACAGGGGGGGCCUGAAGAGGAGCUGGACGUUGAGUCAAGAGUAUGGACUGAUUAUAGAUGGCUCAACACUGUCGCUGAUACUCAACCCCUCUCAGGACUCUGGCUCUAGCAAUUACAAAAGCAUAUUCCUGCAGAUCUGCUUGAAGUGCACUGCAGUCCUCUGCUGCCGGAUGGCUCCUCUGCAGAAAGCACAGAUUGUGCGAAUGGUGAAGAACACAAAAGGAAGCCCGAUAACCCUCUCGAUAGGGGAUGGUGCAAAUGAUGUCAGUAUGAUUCUGGAAGCACAUGUUGGAAUAGGGAUAAAAGGCAAAGAAGGACGCCAGGCCUCCAGAAACAGCGACUAUGCUGUGCCAAAGUUUAAACAUUUAAGAAAACUGCUACUAGCACAUGGGCAUUUGUAUUAUGUGAGAAUAGCACACCUUGUACAGUAUUUCUUCUAUAAGAACCUUUGCUUCAUUUUACCACAGUUUUUAUACCAGUUCUUUUGUGGAUUCUCACAGCAGCCACUCUACGAUGCUGCUUACCUGACCAUGUACAACAUCUGCUUCACAUCGCUGCCCAUCCUGGCCUACAGCCUGCUGGAGCAGCACAUCAGCAUCGACACGCUGACCUCGGACCCCCAGCUCUACAUGAAGGUGUCGGACAAUGCAAUGCUGCAGUGGAGGCCCUUCCUGUACUGGACAUUUCUGGGCGCCUUUGAAGGACUGGUGUUUUUCUUUGGGGUUUAUUUUCUUUUUCAAAACUCCUCAUUGGAAGACAACGGAAAGGUGUUUGGGAACUGGACCUUUGGGACGAUUGUUUUCACCGUGCUGGUGUUCACCGUCACUCUCAAGCUGGCGUUAGACACCCGAUUCUGGACGUGGAUGAACCACUUUGUGAUUUGGGGCUCCCUUGCUUUCUAUGUGUUUUUCUCAUUCUUUUGGGGAGGAGUCAUUUGGCCUUUCUUGAAGCAGCAAAGAAUGUAUUUUGUAUUUGCUCAUAUGCUGACUUCUGUUUCCACAUGGCUGGCAAUAAUUCUCCUGAUCUUUAUCAGCCUUUUCCCAGAAAUUCUUCUAAUAGUUUUAAAAAAUAUAAAAGAGAAAAAUCAUCAGGCUGGCCCCUUUGAUCUGCCUGUGUUAGUGUCAUACAAACGUAUAGAGAAUGGUUAUGUGAAGGCUGAAGAUGCUGUUACUAAUUUGGCAGAAAGAUAUCCCCUCAGGAUACCUUGAAGUGCUCCACACAAACCCUGCACAUUGUCAUGCUGUAGGAACCCAUGGUUUUACCUGGCAGUGACCUUUGAUAGUACCAAGGACUGGCAGCAGCCCUGCUGGGAGAGCAGCCAGGGCACUGGCCCCACGGUACCCGUUAGUCUUUGGUCUUGAGGCUUCCCUGCCCUCCCAGAAAAACCACUUCUGCCAAAUCCUACAUCACUGGAGGCUGAGAAAGCAUCUUUAGGAGUUCACCCCAAACAGCAUGGAUGGAAGUGCAAGAGUGCAGUGCCAGCCCCAUUUGACACGGGGCUCCCGUGCCCGCUGCAGAUUGUCCGAGAGCAGCAGGGCUGCUCAGAGCUCCUGCUCUGCCUGACCAAAGAAGUAGCACAGACUUCAACCCAGUCACAUUCCCCUCCAGCCCUCUGGAGGCACUGGGAAGAGGCUGCUCCCCUCACAGGGAAGGUGGAUGCAGCCCUGGAGCCCCUCUCCUGCUGCUGGGCCUGGCAGCUGCCCCCUCCCAGCCAUGAGUUCCCAGAUGCACACGGCAGGAUCACUGAAAAUUCGGGAGAAAUCUUUGCCACUCUCUCCUCCAGGUGGAGCUGGAAGCAGUCUGCGGUCUGUCCACAGCAGUGGUGUCCAUGUGAAGACCUGCAGUGCUGGAAGUGCCAGAGCAUCCUCCCACAACCAGUUUGCUGAUGGGUUUAUUCCUGCUGGAGUGUGAAGAAAAGGUUGUUUUGGGGCUGUUGUGAUGGAAGGAAGCUUUUGUGGGGGAAAGAGGAAUCCCAAAAGUUGGGCUGUGCCAGACUCUGAGCACCAGGCUCCUGUGGCUGUGCUUGCAUUACUGCACUGUGCAGCAGCUCCAACACUUUAAAGGCCUGAGGGACAGUGUAGUCCUUGGCUGAUCCCAGGGACAUGGGCUGUGCUUGUCAACCUGCAGGUGUAUAAAACUGCAUCUUGAGUUAUUUGCACUAAGAAAAAAGAAGACAGUUUAAAAUUGAAUACAUGAGCCUGAUUUCAUUUUACAUUUUGUUUUUUAAAUUGGCAUGUUCUUUUUAAAUCUACCUGUACCAUGGUAGUAGGAACUUUCCUCUUUAGGUUCUGCACAGCAAAGGUGAGAUGCCUGACUCUCAAUAUUUUUUUUUCUCUGAUACUUCCUGUGUGGAAAGAGCAGCUUCUUUUGUUGUGUUAAGUCCUGAGCAGUGACAGAGCAGCCUGUGUGCCCUGCUGGUUGGUGUGACAGCCCCUGCCUCGUGCUGAUGUCCCCAGAGGAGCUGCUGGGAGAAGCUUCGGGGCUCCUUUCAGAAGCAGCAAGCUCUGCACUGCCUCUGGCUUUGGCUCCUGCUCGCUCAGCCUUGUGUCAUGUACGUACAACAGAACAAUUUGGGAUAGACAGAACAUUCCCCUCACCGUGUUUUGUUGAACUGCAGACUGUUCAUUUUUGGAAGAAUCAAGUCUUGCUCUCUGGCUGCCAUCCCUGCGGUUCGUCUGCGACCGGUGCGGACAGCUGCUGGCAAAUUCUCUCGUGCAUCAUGGGGAUGUUGGAUGGGCCUUAGCUGAGUGGGAGAGGGGAGUGCACAGUCCUGGGGCUGCUCUGCCAUGGCCCAGCGUGGGAGAGGACAUGGACAGGACCACUGUAUCAUACACUCUGCACUGGCCUCGGCACGAGCGGCGUCUGCGCCGUGCCAGCGCGCGGCUCAGCUCCCUGCUGCAUGCCAGGCAGGAGCUGCACUGCCAGCAUGUGUCCCGUGGGCAAAGCUUCCAUUUUCUGCUUUGUUUUGUUUUCCCAUUUCCCUAGCUCAUUUCACAGACCUAGGAUUCGACUUGCAGACCUUGUCCCCUGCUCAACUUUCCUUGCAGAAAUGCGGUGCCUACAGAUCAAGUAUACGAUGAGUACAAUGAAGAUAUGCUCUCUAUGCCAAAUCUAACCAUUCUCCUUAAAUAUACAGUUGCUGACUUGUGUUUACAUAACCUCUGAAAAAUGGGCGCUAAAAUGCCUGAUUCCUGUGAUUCAAAACCAUUCCAAGCCCGAAUGGUCCCAAGCAUGACACCUUGCUUCUCAGUUAGUUUUGUGUCGUGCUCUGCUCCAAGGGUGACAGUCUGUUCCCCUGGAAUUCCAUUGGUGGUAUCAGUGGGAGCAGUGGAACCUGACGUGUGUGUGAACUGCUCAAAUGGUCACGUAACCAGGAUCAUUUCUGCUGCCUGUCUCAAGACAGAGCCUUCUGAGAACCAAAUCUUUCUCUUGGCCUUUCCAAGUGUCCUGUCUCCAGCUGGAACAAGCCCUUGCAAUAGCUGUAUGUUCAAACCCAAGGUGUGCAUGCUGACAGGUGGAAUUCAUGUGGAAUGUCUUGAAUACAGCUCUUUUGGAGAAAAUGCAGUUUUUCUUGGGCUUGGGUUUUCAGAUAGUGCACUGGUGUAGUGCUGGGUGCCAGGACAGCCAGGUCCAGCAGAAGAGCUGAUCCUCGCCACUCAGCAAUGGCAAAACCAGAAUUGUGAUUGCUGUGGGUGACUUGUGAAAUCAGGGAAACAGGAGACCCCUUCUGAGGUUAGAGAGGGGCAGAAGAAGUGCUGGUCAGGGCUGUAGGGUUAGAGGCAGCAGGACUGGCGUGGCAGCAGUGGCACGGGGAUGCUGUGGUGGGUGCUCGUUCCCUGAUGCCACCACACUCACGGUGCCCUUCAGGGACACUGAAAGGCCAGUACAGGCUUCUUGGUGGAGAAACUUGAAGGAAAAAAGGCUGGGUUUUCUCAUAAUAAUUUGUUGAAGUUUUGUCACUGACUAGUGACACUGAAAGAUAAGGACAGUAAUUAAGAUUCCCUCUAAAACUCUUAUGUGAUAACAGUGGAGCUUGGUGUAGUCAUAGCGACUUUGCAAAAACUAAUCCUAAUCGUUAUGAGAAUAUUAUAAAUGACUUGGAAUUGCAUAAAAGCUUCAAAUUGAAUUUGUAUACACACAGUUGAAAAACUUUCCUAAUACUGCACCAUUUAUCCAAUUUCCCAGCUAUGAAUUUUUUAAAAAAACCAUGUAGUGUAUAGAAAAUGUAAAUUAUAUACAGGCAAUGAGCAGAUACAUUUUCAGCUUCUUGCAAAGAAAAAGGACUGCAACCUUACAUUUUUUUCAAUUAAAUGCAAUUUUAUACAUUUAUGUUGCUUUAUAUCAAGGAAAUUGAAUGUGAAUGUUACCUUUUAUGAAUGCAACUUGCUCUUUUUUCAUUACAGAAACUUUUGUUUGAAGUAAUCAAUAAACUUUGGUAUGUUGUUCUGAUUAAUA